UGCGAGUGUCGAGUCGUCAACAAGCGACGCGGCUGUUGCACUGGCCGCUCAUUCCAAUCAAGCUCACGGCACGGACCGCGGCAGUCCGUGCAUGACACUCGCAACGCGCGGUUGUAUGCGUUAAAACGCAAUGUCGCGUUUUCCGGCGUUCCUCGCGCUUUUGGCGCUUAGUGCUGCUGCCAAUGGUCAAGGGCCAGGCCUAUGCAAAACCAAUUUUUACUGCGAGUGCACGCCAGCGAAACAUCCUUCUCAAACAAAGAUUAAUUGCACGGUCCCAUAUAACCAGGCUUUUCAUCUGCGCGAUGGAGAUCUGCCCGCAAACACUGACACACUCAUAGUGACUGGCGCUCAGGAGGUAGUCAUUGAGAUGAGUUCAAUGUCAGGACUCAAGGAUGUCCGUCAUAUCCAUCUGACCAGUAACCAAUUCGUUACGAUGAAGAGUUUUACCGCAGUCGAUUUGAACAUUGUCAACCUCUACAUUGAUAUCAAGUGGUGCACCUCUCUCGAUAUUGAACCACAGGCCUUUAACAAAUUAAGAGGCCCAUUGUCAGUUUCCAUCAAUUCAUGCGAAAAAGUUACUUUGGGAAGUGAGGCUUUCUCAUGGUUACUCUCUAUCGCCAUUGAGAAUGUGGAACUUUUGGUGCUGAGAACAGCAGCUUUCAAUUUGGAUCCGACUGCAGCCAAUGUAGGAGAACACGGACCAGGGAUGACGAUACACCUGAAAAACAUAGCUAAAACUGACUUUCCGGAUCAAAUAUUUCGAUCUUCGGCAGCUUUGAUAUCGUUGGAACAAGUUGUGGUUGGGACCGUACACGCUGGAGCCUUCUCAGCCAAUACAUAUAAUAUUGUCAUGGCAAUUAACUGCACCUUCCACCGGAUCGCCAAAGAAUCUUUCGCUUCCCGAUCACUCAUAAACAAUUUACACCUUUGUGGAUGCAAAAUAAUUGAUUUUGAAUCCAGCGCGCUACAAUCCGCUAUUGCUUUUCUGAAUAUAACGUUGACCAGAUUCGAACAUAUAGAAACAGGCGCUAUAAACGCCACUGUCGUCGCCGUCGUUAUUGUUGACAGCGUUUUUCGUAUAUUUAAUGAAAGAGGCUUUGAACUGUCUUCAUGGAACAAACUUCAAAUAGAACGGAAUUCGUUUGACGAGCUAGCACCCAAUGCCAUUGUCGCCCCAGGAGGAUCGAUCCAUGAAUUAACAUUUGUGGAUAAUGAAAUAGAAGUGAUUAAUCCUGGAAGCAUUGGUUUCAUUGGUCAAGCAUAUUCUACUAACGCAAAUAAUGUAAUUUAUAAAAGGAACUAUUUUGGACAACCAUGCCAUUGCAACGUCACAUCUUGGUUAGCCAAAGGAUUGAACGCUAUUUCAGGUGAACCUUUUGAAAAUGAAAGUUACUGUACAGUUGAUGAGUUCUUUGCUCGUUGUUUUAACGUCCCUGAACAAAAUAUGCUUUUUAAAAAGUUUCACGAUAAUGUGUGCAAUGACCAUUUAAGCAUUCAAUGUGAAACGUAUAAAAGCAAGGAACUGGGGGCAAAAUCGGAAAUCAAAAAUCCAAGAUUUCCUCAUAAGAAAGAAGGUGACGAAGGUAUAAGCGACCGAAAUAAAAAGGUUAUUGGCAUAGUCAUAGUAACAGUUUUAGGAUGCGUGAUUAUUAUCAUGUUUAUAAGUUUCAUUCGAUGGAUGAGGCGCAGAGGGCAUUGUGUUAACAUAAAGAAUUUUAUCAUAUCUUCUAAUUCAUCAUGUGGAACUUUCUGCGACCGAUUAUGUGUUUGCAGAGCUAACAAUGGAAUGGACAACGCAACGCAAUUAUCUGUGAACGAGUAUUCAGAACGGCAUCGAUUGAAUGAACCACGUGUUCAAGACGUUAUUCAAGAAACUACUGUACCGACUGCGUACACCGAAGAAAUCGCAGCAACAGAAAAUAAAACAACUCAAACAUUACCGGAAGAACUUACCAAAGAGUUAUUAGAAAAUUUAAAAGAAAAGCUUGAUGAUCCAGAAAAUUACGUUGAGGCCCGCGAAAUGAUUGAACAUUUAUAUGAACUUAUUAAAGUUGAAGAAAACUGUAAUAACAAUUCUCCAACGAUCCUUAACAUUGAAGAAAAUAUUUAUGAAUUGCCAUUUCAAAGUACGACUCCAAGAAUUGGAAAGAACAAAAAACAAAUGAUCAGUGUUGGAACUCGAACCCCAUCACUUGAUAAAUUGAUGCCGCUAUCGCCUUACAACAGGCAAACAGCUUUAGCUCAUGAAUACUUUGAACCCAAGGAUUUUGCAGUUCAUCUUUACGCCGAAAUAGCUAAUUGCGACAAAGAAAAAAGAUCUUAUUUAGGUGCUAUGCCCGAUGUAGUAGCGGAGCAAGCCAUUCCUAGAGGGCCUUACUUGCGGGCUGUACGAGAAAAAAUAAGCUCGAGUGCAAGUGCAUCACCUUCGGCUAAAUCUUUGAAUAGCUCUUCCGCUAGCCCCCAACAUACAUCUACUAUUAAAUCUAAUAAAUCAACAGCGUCACAAAAUUCUGCCAAAAUGAUGAAUAGACCACUACCUGAGAAACCCGCUAUUGAUCCAGGCGAGGGUACAUCUUUUCGGCAUGGAUGAGUAAUGGCCAACCAGUAUCGUCCAGCGUCAAUUCGCUAUAGAAAAAAAAAAAGCGAAAAGCGCGAACGAGCUGCGGCUUCGGCAAUUCUGGUCUCUGAUGAUGUGGAUCUCGAGUUCGAUUUCUGUGUUACUGGAUAAAUCCCUUCACAUAAAAGGGAUAUACGCGACGUUUGCUUACAUAACGUUACUUUGCUGUGAUAUUUAUUUAAUCUUAGUUUGUUUAAUUUUAUUUAAAAAGAAGUAUUUAUUUCAAAGUAAAACUAAUUGAAAAGGUAUUAUUGUUCUGCUUUGUAUGUACUUGAAUCAAUUAUUAUUAUUAUUGAUGUUAGAAUUAACUUGAUAAGUCACUAUUUAGGUACAGUAGGUACACAAUAUUAUUGUCAUUUAGCGAUAGUUCAUAAAUAUUCUAUAAUAACCUGUCUUGGUACCAAAUUUUAGUUACCGUUUUAAGUUUAUAAGUUACAAUAUGCAUUCACUUAUCAGUUAUGUCGAAUUAAAGUCCCAUUUAGUUUCACAACAUCGUCCCCAAAGGUUAGUGAGUGAUUUAAGAAUAUUGUGUAAAAAUAUAUUACCGUGAAUAUUUCUCGUAAAUUUAAUUUAAGUUUAAGACUACAGGCAUUCCGUGGUCACGACGAAAGCGUACACCUUUGUGUUAGCCGAAAUUUUAGUUUUUUAUAAAAGUAAUUUAACGACCGAUAUUAAUAUAUUUUACGUAUACUAUUGUUCCAUUUCAAUCCGAGAUUUCUAAAUUAUCAUUUUUUAUUCCCAUUAAGCUAUACUUUUAGGGCAGCUUAACGUCUAAUAUCACGAUAAUGUGAACAAACCGGACAAAGCUUGAUGGGGCGAUGUUGCUAUGUUCGGUGUGUCCACAUUCUCACGCUAAGCUGCGUUACUAUAAAGUAGUAGUACUUACAACUUUAAUUGCAUUUAAAGGUUAUUAUGAUAGUUUUAAGGUAGAUGAUCAUUAUGUAAUCGAGUCUAAUUGACAGUAGAAGUUAAAGUAAAUAAAGAUGAUAAAAACAAAAAAAAACCGUUUGAUGGUAUUGUAAUCUCAAUUCCAAGCUAUCCAAUUUGAGCUCAAAAUAAUAAAAAAAUUAAAAAAAAUGUUACUAUUAGUAUAUCUUACAUUACACUUAGCUUAGUAACCAUCUCGGUUACAGUAGAUGUUUUAUUCCACUUAUGUUAUAUAUUAUGAAAUAAAUGUUGA